AUGGAUGUGUGCUGCAAAUACUGGCCAUAUUUGCAAAAGGUGGCAGAGAAAUGUCCGGAGCUGCAACACCUCCUCAAUAUGAAGCCUUUUUUAUCAGUGUUCCACGCUAAAGCCCAUGACUUAAAAUGUGAGGUCAAAUGGAGUGGGGCCUACCAGGAAGGGGCCGGAUCAACACUUGGGGAGGAGGUUGAGCAAUGUAAUGCCUUCCUCUCCAGGAUUGCAGUGACAACGAAACACAUGUCAAAAGCUGGACGUACAGAUACACUUACGCUGAUGGCCAUGCGGUGGAAUCAGCAGAAGCUCAAUAACUUGGCUACUGCACUUGCUGGCCGAUAUCAGAAGGCCACUAAAGCAUUGGAAAUCCAUGUUCAGGACCUGGAGGUCAUGAAAAGACAACUAUCAGUGACACAGGUUGAAGUUGCGGGCUGGGUCACUGAUAUAAAAGAGUGGGCAGAAGCAACAACGUCUCAUUUGGAUGUUGAUCUCCAUGCUGUGGCAAGUAGGAUCGAGGGGCUGGUGGCGAGUAUAAAGCGGAGAUCCCAGCGACUUUACAGAGACCAUGAUGGCUGCAAAAGUCGGGCCCGCUUUCGACGGAAAAUAAGAGAGGAGAAAGCCAUUCUCAAGACUGUGGUUGAAGUGUACAACACCAUGGUCCCAGACGGGGAAAAAAUUGAAUUUGACAGUGUGCUUGACACUGAGACAGUCUGGCCAUGGCAUCUUUUGCAUGGUGAUUCGGUAGACAUGAAAACAAAGAGGAAGGCAUUUGAUCUGGCGAUGGCCAUCAGCAGACUUGAGGAAGAGCGGAACAUCGUUGCAAAAGAAAUGCAGAAACACUGGCAGUCUCUCUCCACCCAGACAGACAUAUUGAAACAACUCUCUUGCUCCCUUUCCACAGAUUCCUGGAGAAGUGGCCUAUCAGGGCUGGGUGAAGAGGCAAUGAAGGGGCUCCAUAGCGUUCUCCUGAAAAAGACGAGGAAACUCAUGGGCAUGAUGGAGCAUGCAAGGCACUGCUACGCCAAAGUCCUACAAGGGGCCAAUCUAGACAUUACUGAAGACUCGGAUGAUUUUGACAGUGAUGGUGAACUGUCAGAGUGAACCCUGAUUGCUUUGCCCCAUAAUCCACUCACUCACCAGAAGAGUCAGUCUUUUGGCUUCUGUCCCAUGUGGUGAACAUUAUUAGAAUUUUUAGAAUUCUCAGUUGAAAAUAUUUGGGAAAAUCUAUAGGGCUACUGUAUAUAUAUACUAUAUACUGUACACUGUUUGAUAUUUGUUUUUCAGUAUUGCUCACAUGCUUUUUGUGUAUUUUUAGUUAUAGAAACUGAUUAGACAAGCGCUUUAAGAUUUCUGUGUGUUAGUGCAUGCAUGCUUAUCGUGCAUAUUUUUAAACUUGUCACCAGUUACACAAACUGAUUACACAGAAGUGCUUUAAGGUGUGUGUGUGUGUGUGUGUGUGUGUGUGUGUGUGUGUGUGUGUGUGUGUGUGUGUGUGUGUGUGUGUGUGUGUGUGUGUGUGUGUGUGUGUGUGUGUGUGUGUGUGUGCGCGUGCGUGUGCGUGUGUGUGUGUGUGUGUGCUUGUGUUUGUUAUCAUGACAUAUUUGUGUGAGCUCUAAGGUAAGAUGAAAGCUUAUAAUGCUUUGAGUAGUGUUACAUUUAACAAAAGGUGGGAGGCAUUUGACUUUUUUUUUGUAAUGUUUGAUUUGUAAUAUUUUGACACAAAGAAAAUCAAAAGGAUAUUCAUAUUUGAAAUCCUUUUAAUCACACAUUGACAUGACCCAUACAUUUCAUGUUGACAUGUUUCUCUUCUUUACCUUCUUUACAUCCCUGUUUGAUGACCCUUUUUCUCCUAUAUUCAUGACAAUUCACUGACCUGAUGUGGAAAAGGAUUUCUCAUGUCUCAUCUUUCAUCCAACUCAUUGUUUUUGUAUUUGGGACACAGUCUUUGUUUCAAUUGACACCUUGGAACACUUUCAGGGAUGGUA